CUAGCACUAUACUCAUGGAAAUUUUCUUUGCAGAUAAGUUACGUCCUGUAUUGUUUUGGUUCACAGUACGUUGACCCUGAUGAGUGUUCGAGACUAGUCAACUUAAUCACCGACCCAUUCCGCUACAUUGGACUAUCAUCUUACUCUUCAGUAUACAAACUGCACUGGGCUGCUAAAGUUUCUAUCUUCUGUUUCUUAGUGUCCUGCGUGCUACAAGUUGUUACUUUGUUCACAGCAAAUAACGACCCCGAUAAAUUGUUUGAAUGCUUUAGCAUCCUAUCCUUUUGCGGCAUGGGACUGUUAAAACUCCACUCGUUGUGUAAAUAUCAUAAGGGCUGGCACUUCCUUCUGAACCAAAUAUCAAGCUUAGAGAACCAACAGUUGCAGGCAAAGCCGUCACCCUUAGAGUAUCAGUCGAAUAACGACGAAAAUAUCAACUUUUCUGAUUACAUUAACGUUUAUACAAACAAGUUUAAGACUGCAUCGACAAUAUUGAUUAAAAUAUACUUUUUUACUGCAACUUUGUUCAUAUUGUCACCGUUUAUUGAACAAAUUUUAUGUAAGUUGAUAGAAAGUAUGGAAUGCGUGACAUACCCUCACAUACUGCCAUGCUGGUCACCUCUCGAUGAUAUCACGUUCAUUGGCUACCUGAUAACUGUUGUAUCUGAAUGUUUGGCCGCUGCUUAUUGCGUUUCUGUGCAUUUAGCGUUUGACUUGAUGUCUUUUGGAGUCAUGAUAUUCGUUUGCGGUCAAUUUUCUUUGCUUCGCGAGUACAGUUCGUUAAUAGGGGGGAAGGGAAAGAAGUGUAAUCUAUCGAAGAAACGGGAUGACCGAGCUCACUUCAGAAUUAAACAAUGUCACCACACCAACUUCAUACUAGUGAAAUCCAUCACAGAACUGGACAAAUUGUUGGUAAACAUUAUUGGAGUUUACUUCUUUGUGGCCACACUGACCCUAUGUUCUGUAGCAGUCAGACUGCAAACGGAAGUCAUGGGCCCCAUGCAGCUGGUGUCACUGAUACAAUACAUGUGCGCCACUCUUACACAGCUCUUUGUGUUUUGCCGUUUCGGAGACGCCGUCAUGAACGAGAGUUCAUUGAGUAUGGGUCAAGGUCCUUAUGCUGCCGCCACGUGGUGUCUUAGUCCCCGCAUCAGAAGAGACUUGGCCAUCCUCAGCGCCAGUAUGAUGCGCCCGCGACGGUUACGCGCCGGACCCUUUAGCUAUUUGGAUUUGCCCUCAUUUAUACAGGUCAUCCGCACCGCCUACAGCUAUUACGCUGUACUGGGAAAAAGAGGGCAGUAAGCUGACUUCAAUUUCCUCAUGAUUACCUAAUAAGUGCACAAUUUGCGUCACAGAAUACGUAGGUACUUGAAACAGGUGUUUAGAUAAUAGACAAGUAAAAAUAAAAUUAGGUAUGGUAAUGAUUGACAGUCAUUACACCCAGAUAAUGCCCGCUUUUUGGUUUUGGGUAAGGCACGCACGCACGGCUCGGUGGUAAAGGAAAGAGAAGUGCUACACCGCGCGGUCUGGUAGAGCGCGUAGCUUAGGCACAUGGAUAAUUCUAUGGUAGACACCAACUGGCUGUUAUUAACACAUUUUUGACAGUCGAUACUUUGACAACCAGUCUAAGGGAUAUCGUCUUACCCAGGUAACUGGGUUGAGGUCAGAUACGCAUUCGCUGCUUGUAAACCACUGGAACCUACUUAGCAGCAUCCGGUUAGUCUGGAAAUCCGACCCCAACAUAGUUGGAUUAAAGCUACGACGAUGAUGAUGGUUAGGCAAGAUUUUAGUAGGUCCCUAUACCCAGUAUAUCCCAAGUUUCAAAGGGCUAAUUUAAACAAAUAAUAGUUCUGCUGAUGUCAAGGAAGGUCAAGAUUAUCAG